AUGCCCGGCGUCGUCAUGGCCAAUGUCAACAUAGAGGGAUCCAUCAGGCGGCCAGGCCUCGAUGGGACCAGCAACGGCAUAUCCAAUAAUUUCGAAAACUCCGACAAAACUUCUCACGGUUCUGGCAUGAACGGUUCAGCGCGCAUGAAUGGCGCAUUGCAGCAUAUACCGACCGCUAUGGAUAAGGCGGGUGACAUCGUGCCGGCGGCUCCCUUUGAACUACCUCAUAUCACCCAGGGGUUCUUUCCAUUCGGUACACUGAUCAAUCGCUCAGUGCAACAAUGCUGGAUUGAACUCUCGGAGGUUAUCACAGAGCUGGCUGCGAUUGAUGUACCGCCAGCCAAUGGAAAACCAGGCGGAAAUCAGUCCCCAGAAAACUUGCGCAAGAAGUCACGGCUCCUCGAAUUUGCCCACAACAAGAGGGCUGAAUUCAUCAAGCUUCUGGUUCUCUCACAAUGGAGUCGACAAGCUGCAGAUGUGAGCAGACUCAUCGAUAUCCAAAAUUUCAUUCGCACGCGACAUCAAGCAUAUGAUUCAGCUCUCCAAUUUGUGGGUGAAGUGAAAAGAGAUCUCGUUCGAGCACAAGUUGCCAACCCGGAUUUGAAAACAGCCCUGGAGGUUCUUUCAAAGGGGCGAGUAUCCUCUUUGCCGGAUCUUGGCUACAAACCCCCCAAACCACUCACCGCACGGGCAACUCUCAAAAAGCUGCUAAAACUUAACAGAAUCAUCAGCGUGAGACUCACAUUACACGACUCGGUGCCAUUCGCCCUGCACAAUUAUCGGGUCCAUGAUGGUCGUGUCACUUUCACAGUUCCUGGUGAAUUUGAGCUUGACCUUUCAGUUGCAGAGGAGUCGAAGACAUCACAGUUCUUUUUCGUGGAUAUUCGUUUCCUUUUUUCGCCGUCAUCGUCCAUCCCCAAAGGUCGAAUUUUCAAUGAACUAGACGGCAGGAUCAAUGGAAUCCUUCGGGAACAUGGCUUGAUGGGCUGUUUCAAUUUCUUACACGGCUUGGUCCUCACUAACAAGAUUAACAUCCUCUUGAAACAAGCCAUAGAACUUGCACGAGGUGUUUGGGCAGAUUGCUUGCACAUUGAACUUUUACACCGCAUACUCGUCGUUCAGUAUUGGCCUCAAAGACCAGGGCCCAAAAGCUGGCUCGAAAUUGGAGUCAGAAGUGGCAAUCUCCCUGGCAGUUCCACCACAUCUAAGCCUGGAGUUUCUCAUCUAGGCCUCCGAUGGAUGCGCGACGGUCAACAAGUCAGCAGUCAUGCCAUCAAGUUCAACCCAAAGAAACUCUCUAUGGAGCGCAUCCUCAGAAGCGUGAUCGCAUUACAUACUUCACAACUUAUCUCCGCCGCAUUCAACAUCCUCAAAAAGCACCUCCUCUUCUCGAACCACAAACUAUCCAUCAAGGCCCAAAUAUCACCCAUAGAACCUGGAGAUUGUCGACUCGAUGUCCAACUCACAAACUUACGCUCUCUUCGAGUGUCAAUAGAACCCAUGUCGGGUUCUAUCGUUUUCUGCGGGGCACCAAACAUGUUGGACCGUUUGGAUGGCGACCGAACUGUCUACAAAUCAUCGAUAGAAGAGAUAUUAUCUCGCAUCGCUAAAUUGCGUUGUACUACCGCGGUGAAUGAAAUCGAAACUGGCACCAAGGCCCUUGGUCUUGAGCCUAUGAAGCAGAAUAUACUUGGGCUCGGAUCUCGAAAACUGUUCCCUCCAGGCGUGAUGCGCAGCAUCCUCUUCACCCACCGGCUUUGGAAUCGACAAUGGGUUGCGGCGGCGACGAGCAGCAUGGAUGGUGACCGCUGGUGGCUCGUUCAACUUCGACCUGCCGGCGCGAAGAAGGUGCCGCGAUUUCCUAUCCUUCCCGAUGACAGCAUCAGUCUUCCGCGAGCGCAUGCUGUCAGCGAGACCCUCUUGCCACCGAAAAAUCGAUUUGACUUCUCAUCUUAUGCGGAACUGGUCGAUGCUCUCACGGGGAUAUUGGCGAUUCAUGCCAAUGCACGUUAUCUGGCCGACCUGCCAGGUAUGCAUUUCUGGCCGUCUUUGAAGGAGUUACAGCUAGGAGCGGAUCUGACUGUUCCGGAUCUCCUGUUCAACUAUAACUCUUCAACAUUGCCAGUCGCAUUGCGAAUGACGUUGCCUUUCAAUGUGAGCAAACAGGUAUCAUUCAAGGAGAUGAUUCGGCUUUCAUUCCAUGGAAUCGACACUCAGAGCAGCUCGGUAGUGAUUGUCGCACGUGGCACAUUCAAUCAACGCAUUCAAAGCUUGGCCAGUCUCGUUUCUCAGAUGGACUCUGAAUUGAUCAUUGAGGAUAAGGGUGCUGGCUUUGCGCUGCGCUUGCUGGUACCAGCUGGACACUCCGUGGUUGUUUCCGUCAUCGAGCGCUUGCAACGACUCGAGUGUGUGAUUGCCAUUCUUUACUCUCUCAUAAAGAAGGGAUUCCAACCUCGAUCGCUGUCUUUGUCACAGGUCGCAUUUGCAUACGGAACCGAUGCGAAGUACUCCGCUUGCUUCGAUGUCGGUGUUCAAGGGCCUUCAUUGUCCGAUCACAUUGAUGUUGUUGCUGCUGUCUCGACGAAGAAGCCCCUCUUCCAGCUGAGCCUUGGCAUCAAGUUUGAAACCUCUAGCCCUCAUCGCCGGAUUCAAGAAGCGCUCACUGUCGAUUUAAACAAUUCCACUACGAGAACAGGUGUUGAUCAAACCAUCGAGCUCUUGUCCAUCACGCUUCGCUUGUUACUGGCCUUUGAUCAGAUUUCUUCUCUCUCAACAGAAUCCUCGAUUGUGAUUGUCACUGUGCGCAAGCCGACUGAAUACUUGAUCAACUACCCCCGGCUCAAAUCUCGCUUCCAGCUCAGCAUACAAACACACGGAGAUAAGACGAUCUGGUUACUGAGGGAUGCCAACGGUAUGGACCAGUCAGGUCGUGGUCAAAUCGUGGCUGCAACCAAAGAGAAGAUCUAUCAAUCAAAAGGCGAAGGCUGGGCCGGUCUUGGAGAUGGCGCGAAAGCUAGUAUCGCCAAGAUUGGAAAUCUCGUCCUUGCGCUGCAUGAAUGCAUGAAUACCCCCAAUCUUCAACUAGAUGAGAUUGAGGCCAAACCCCAACAAGCCCCAGAGCAACGGACACAAGGCACAUCAUCAGUCCCUGCGCCGCAACCCAUCAGCAUGGGUGCCUCCGAUGUCAUUACCAUUGACUAA